AUGAAGUUUGGUAAGAGUCUGAGCAAUCAGAUCGAGCAGACACUCCCUGAAUGGCGUGACAAGUUCUUGUCUUACAAGGAGCUCAAGAAGCGACUCAAGCUCAUCGACUCCAAAUCCGGAGAUCGUCCCGUCAAACGUCUCCGCCUCGACUCCUCCUUCGUCUCCGGCGACGAGUAUUCCGUUGGGAUGUCGAAAGAAGAGAUCAGUUUCGUCCAAUUGCUAGAGGACGAGCUCGAGAAAUUCAACAAUUUCUUCGUCGAGAAGGAGGAAGAGUAUAUCAUCAGAUUAAAGGAAUUCCGAGAUCGAAUUGCAAAGGCUAAGGAUUCGAUGGAGAAGAUGAUUAAGAUAAGGAAAGAGAUUGUUGAUUUCCAUGGAGAAAUGGUUCUUCUCGAGAAUUACAGUGCUCUUAAUUACACUGGUUUGGUUAAGAUACUGAAGAAGUACGACAAACGAACCGGCGAUCUCAUGCGAUUACCAUACAUCCAGAAAGUUCUUCAGCAACCAUUUUACACGACAGAUCUAUUGUACAAGCUCGUCAAAGAAUCAGAGGCAAUGCUUGAUCGUUUCUUCCCCGCGACGCAAGAAUCUGAGACAACAGAGUCUGAGAGUAUCCAAGCAGAGCUUUCAGAGCACAGGUUCAUGGAGAGCCUCCACAUGAAAAGCACAAUCGCUGCUCUGAGGGUGUUGAAGGAGAUCAGGAGCGGAAGCUCCACCGUGAGCGUGUUCUCGUUGCCGCCGCUUCAGUUAAAUGGAUUGGACGAGACGUGGAAGAAGAUUCCGUUGUUGGAGCAAGAAGCCAAGUAG